CAAUAGCCUACCUUUGCCCGCCAUCGCAACACCAACAAUUGCCUCUGGUUAAAUAUGGCAGCCCGACAUGUAAUUUUGUUUGUUUCCUUUCGCGGGGUGCUACACAGAAAUGUGUAGCAGACGUUUCUCCUUUGAACGUCCUUCGCCAGAACGUCAGAAUACGCUGUACCUGCAAUCCACCUGUUGCAGUGUCUCGAAGACUGUCAGACGUCACAGAUAUAAAAGCAGCUUUCGGUUCCAGGAGAAUUUUCUUACCCUCUCGUCAGUUUAGUGUUGCCAGUCGCAGAGAAAAAUGUGGGAAGAUCUUAAGUAUUUGACGGGCUUCGGCAACGAAUUUGCAAGUGAAGAUCCAAGAUGUCCAGCGUCAUUACCUGUUGGCCAAAAUUCGCCUCAGGUCUGCCCUUACGGCCUCUAUGCAGAACAGCUUUCCGGCUCGGCUUUUACUGCUCCAAGGGAAACGAAUCGUAGGUCAUGGCUGUAUCGUAUCCGUCCAUCUGUGUUGCAUCGGCCGUUCGAACGCAUCGAUUCUACCCAUUUGACUGUCGAUUUCUCCGCCCAUCCACCCAAUCCCAAUCAGAUGCGAUGGAAGCCAUUCGACAUUGCUACCGAUGGUCAAGUUGAUUUCGUUCAAGGUCUGCGAACGCUGUGUGGGGCUGGCCAACCGGCAACCCGCCAUGGUUUGGCCGUUCACAUCUAUACUUGUAAUGUCGCCAUGGAAAACAAGUCGAUGCAAAAUUCUGAUGGAGAUUUCCUGAUUGUACCGCAGCAAGGGACGCUGCGAAUCAAAACAGAGUUCGGUCGUCUAGUAGUUGCACCCAACGAAAUUUGCGUCAUUCAACAAGGAAUUCGUUUUAGCAUCGACGUCGAAGGCCCAUCACGUGGCUACAUCCUCGAAGUCUACGACACUCACUUCCAAUUGCCUAAUUUGGGACCUAUCGGUGCAAAUGGAUUGGCCAACCCGAGAGAUUUCAAAUCGCCUUCUGCCUGGUUCGAAGACUUGGAUGUCGAGCACACCGUGAUCAACAAGUACGGCGGCCGUCUCUUCAAGGCCGUCCAGGGUCAUAGUCCCUUUAACGUGGUCGCUUGGCAUGGAAAUUACGCUCCCUACAAAUACAAUUUGGCCGACUUUAUGGUCAUCAACUCGGUCGAAUUUGACCAUUGCGAUCCUUCCAUAUUUACCGUGCUGACUUGUCCGUCUGUUCGACCGGGCGUGGCGAUUGCUGAUUUCGUCAUUUUCCCACCUAGGUGGUCCGUGACGGAACACACGUUCCGACCGCCCUAUUAUCACCGUAAUUGCAUGAGUGAAUUUAUGGGACUGAUUCAUGGGAAAUACGAGGCCAAAGAGGAGGGUUUCCUGCCUGGAGGUGCCACCCUGCAUUCGAUAAUGACUCCGCACGGACCGGAUGCGGCUUGUUUCGAAGGUGCCUCUACGGCCGAGCUUAAACCGGUACGCGUGGCCGAUGGGACGCAAUCGUUCAUGUUUGAAUCAUCGCUAAUGAUGGCCGUAACCGAAUGGGCUGAAGAGACUUGCUCGAAACUCGACAAAGCCUAUUACGAGUGCUGGCAACCAUUGAAGAAACACUUCCGGAUUGCCGAACCCUAAGAAGAAGAAAAAAAUUAAAACGUUGAAAUCGAUGUGGCCAAGUGAUCCGCCUGCCAGUGGUGAAGAACUGUAGUCUAGAUUAGAAAUUAUAGAAUCGUUUGGAGUGGUUCAUGUUUCUCAAAUUACCUGUAUACUCGGCACUCGGUAUUGUUGCAAUGUUAAAAAUCGCAUUAAAGUUAUUCUAAAAAUA